AUGGAUGUCAAUUUCAACCCAAGCAACCACUCAGCCGCUGUGGAUGGAGCCAUGGUAGACAGGGGCAGAAAGGACAUCCCUCUCGAACAACUUGCCAUGUUCAAUAAAACCAACCACUCGCUGAACGAGUUGCUGAAGUAUCUGGAGGUGGACGAGCAGGGUAUCAUUGGGGACGCCUCUGCCGCCGUGAGGAUCACCAUCUCCAUAGUUUACUCAGUGGUCUGUGCUCUGGGGCUGGUUAGCAAUGUGCUGGUGCUGUACCUCAUGAAGAGCAGACAAGGAUGGAAGAAAUCCUCCAUUAACCUGUUCGUGACCAGCCUGGCAGUGACGGAUUUUCAGUUCGUCUUGACCCUGCCGUUCUGGGCAGUGGACAUUGCUCUGGACUUCAGCUGGCCCUUUGGCAAGGUCAUGUGCAAGAUUGUCUCCUCGGUGACGGUCAUGAAUAUGUACGCCAGCGUGUUCUUCCUAACCGCCAUGAGCAUUGCGAGGUACUGGUCAGUGGCGUCGGCACUCAAGCCCAGGAGAAAAUUUGCCGGCUGCUCCGCCAAGUGGAUGAGCAUCCUGAUCUGGAUUUCUGCCAUCUUGGCCACCAUUCCCCACGCCGUCUUUUCCACAACAUCCACCUUCUCCAACGAGGAGCUCUGCCUGCUGAAGUUUCCGGAUCAGAACGGUUCCGUCCAGUUCUGGCUCGGCCUGUACCAGAUCCAAAAGCUGCUGCUGGGUUUCCUCAUCCCUCUGGUCCUCAUCACAGUCUGCUACCUGCUCCUCCUGCGGUACGUUACCAACAAGAACGUCAGCAGCUCCAGCACCAACAGGAGGUCCAAGGUGACCAAAUCCGUCACCAUUGUUGUUCUUUCCUUCUUCCUCUGCUGGCUUCCCAACCAGGCCCUGACCUUCUGGGGCGUCCUGGUCAAACUCAACGUCGUUCACUUCAGCUAUGAGUACUACAUCACCCAUUCCUACAUCUUCCCCAUUACCGUCUGCCUGGCUCACACGAACAGCUGUUUGAACCCUAUUCUGUAUUGUCUGAUGAGGAGAGAGUUUAGGAAGGCGUUGAAGGGCAUGUUUUGGAGGAUGACCUCCCCGACCAUUUUCCACAUACGCCCUUUCACAGCUACCACUAAGCCAGAGCAGAAUGAUCAAAGACAUGUCAUAAUUCCGAUAAACUCAGUGCAGCCAGAGACUUUGUACUACCCGCCUGGGGUUGUCAUGUACAAUGGACGAUAUGACAUCUUGCCCGCCAACUCUGCGGAACCCCGCUAUUAA